AUCCUCAAAUGUGGCUACUACGCGUACCGUCUCGACGAGUUUGUGAACGAGGUUCCACUCGGGCAAACGAAGGCGGCCCUGCGGAGUGUGACGGCUUGCGGUUCGAGUGGUGGGAGAGGGAAUUUAACCGGCGCUCUGGGCGAAGGCGAUGCUGGGCCUCUGGGUGACAUGACCGAUCCUUCCGCGCUGGCGCUCUACGGUUGCUACGCGUUCGCCCUCGCGGAAGGGAUCGAGGAGUACAUGUAUCACAGUGAAAAAUGCCCCCCACCCCUGAACUUGCAAGAAUUUGUGAUGCGAAGUUUCCAAAUGAAAGCUUUUUGUCAUGCAUGAAAGGAGUGCGAAUCUUUCAUUCUGAUGCAGAUUCCACUUCCAGUCGUGUUUCGCAUCGAUUGCAUGACAAGUACCGCUCUUGCUGGGAUCUUUUGCAACACAAAUUUUUGCUAUUCACGAUUGGAAAUCUGUGAUGCUGAUACACGCAAGAGGGCGAAUGUUUCAUUUGGAAAGAUUUGCAAUACAAAUGCUUUCAAGUUCGGGGGUGGGGGCAUUUUUCAUUGUAAUAACAUGGAAAAGCGCUACCGGCCGCUGUUGGAGUUUUUGGAAGCGGAGGAGGAGAAAAACAACAACCGCUUGCAGACGCUCCCGCAGCUGUUCGCCGUGCUCCAGGUCCCCUCGCGCGUGUUGGAAAAGCUGGUCUUCGUCGUGGAUACCUUCCGAGCCAGAGUCCUCGGUUCAUCUUCAUCAUCUGUGGGGAACAAUUGUACUACAACCGGGAACGGUGAUGGUCAAGAAGGAAGAAACAACAAUAAACCUUCGUUCUUCGGUAGCACUCGGGGGGCAUGCAGUCCGGUGGACGAGCACGACAUCAGCAGCAGUCCUGGUGGCUGUGGCAAUAACCGAAAUCACGCGCACUUCAACCUGCUCGACUUCGUUUACGCGGAAGGCGAGAAGUUGCGCUGUGCGGAAACCCGAGCAGUGUUCGGAAUCCUAGUCAAGCGACUUGCAACGGCGUUUGUGCAGCAGCUCAGUGCCUGGUGCGUGCACGGUGUGCUGCACGAUCCGUUUUCCGAGUUCGUGAUAGAAAAGAAGAAGGGCAGCUUGGUGGUGGAAAAUGGUGAUGACGUGGCUAGUAGUUCGAUGUUGAAUCACCUCCACCACCCCGGAAGCAGUAAAGCCUAUGGCUUCGACCUUUCCGACGGCAUCGACUACGCUCCGGAUCUAGAGUACGAUUUAGAUAACGCAGACCUCCACUGCCACUCAUUAUCGAGGGCCCACGACCCGUUCGACACCUUUGGAGCCCUUGCUGGACAGGAUCAGAGCGGGUUGUACGGAAGCACGAACAAGCCCUCUCACCUUCUCUCGCCAGCGUACGCACGGAAACUCUGGCUGCGGCAAUUCGACUUGAACCUGGGCAAGCUGCCCAACUGCUUCUGCCCGAAAAUCGACGCCAUCGAUUUCGGGGAGCGGAUCUUGUUUUUGGGAAAAGCGGUGCGCGCGCUGCUCCUGAGUCACGCGGGGCUGACGAACGAAGAGAAGAAACAGUGUUUCGACAAGUUGUACGAGUUGAUUCUUGCAGUGACACGGUCCUUCCCGGCACUGAAGCCGUUUGACGAGAAAAGAAUGUCGGAUUCGACGGAGCUGCAGCUCCUGGGCGCUACAACUACUGCUCCGUCGUUCUCGGAUAUGUCAUCUGCAAAUGCGAAAACCUCUUGCUCCGCACCUCCGGUGUGGGUGAUGGAAGGCACGCUAAAUUUUCUGCGGCAGCUGAUCGGGAGGAAAUUGCGGCGGCUGGUGUUGAAUUUCGAUUUCUACGACCGACCAGAACAGAGUUUUUCUUCCUCUGGAACAGCCGACACAUCGGGCGAGGGAGGUGAAUUAUCCGCAUCCAGAACAACCUCCAGCUUGUUGCAGCACUUCUUUGACCUCAAGGGGUUUUUUGGUUGCGCGUUCGGUUCGUUUUAUCAGACCUUCCUAGACCAGGGCCACGAGCUGUUUUUGAACCCGCCAAACCAUGUGAGCGCGGAAGUCGAUUUGAACCAGAACGCCUUUGCGGUCGCAAAGCAGGUCGAAUCCUACGGACUGGCUGGGAGUUCCUCGGGGGGAGCGGUCUUUCCGCAAGACUUGGCAAUGGAUGAGGAUCAAGACCGCAAACGUGCUGGCGGCCAACAGCAAAGUAGCGGCGGCAAGAACAGUGGAACAACCAGCACGGUGUCCCGGGCGCUGCAGAGUCGUUACGAUUCGCGGCUGGCCUGGAGCAGCGACCAAUUGCUCCUCAUGUCGUCCUCGUCCUCGAGGACGGGGGAACAACUCUACGAGCAGAAGAGUAAUCGCAAUUUCUCGCAGCAAAACAAGUUUUCGCUGGACCCGCAGAAGAUGCACCGCUUCCAGGCGCGCCUGCUGAACCGCGGGUUCUUUUUCAAAGAUUUUCUGGAGGCCGGGCAACUGGUCCAGGUGAUCGGAAGCAGGCCGGCGGAGCCAAUCGGGGCUAGGGUGGCGGCAGAUGGUACCCUGGAGCUGGUGCUGGAAGAUAAGUUGCGGUCUACAAAAACAUACUGCUCACCAGCGGAUCUAGAGGGGGAGGCGGGAGGAGUGUUGUUUUCUUCAAUCGGUAAGAAUUAUUCAAACCCACGACGACCCUCCCCUGAAUUGAACAUGGUGUGGGCCACGGCGCGGCAGGUUAUCGCGGAGCCGUGGAAGACGAGUUUCGUGCUCCAAAUUUGUAGGCCUGAAGAUGGCGCCGCGAGGACCAGGAAAAAUCCUGCUCGGAUUAGCGAGACUUUUUACAACAAGGACCAAACCGGCUCACCAAUGGAAUCUCCGCCGCACCUGACUCGCUUUGCGGUGGUGUACCAGGCCAGCGAUGACCCUACGCUGGUGCUGAAAGAGAAUCGGGUAGAGCAGGCGCUGCGAGAAGAGAUCCGGAAUGUGCACGGCGAGGGCGACUUGUUUUUCAAUGUGAACGAAAAUUAUCGCGGAACAGGAGCUGGCGCGCCGGACCACCGACUUCCCUCUGUGACGGAGAAACUGUUGUACCGGAACGCGUUCUGGGUGGAGUUUGUCGUGCUGAACAACAAGCAAAUUGGGUGUCGUGCGAGCGUGAAAAGGAGCAGGGGUUGCGGCAGCAAUUCUGCUAGAUUUGGUUAUGAAAGCACUGCUGCUGAAGCUGCCUCUUUUCCUUCAAGAAUGAAUCUUCACAAGGAAGAUGACAAGCACUACACCAGCGAUGGGAACAAGGAUCGCAGCGCGAGAGAGGACACCGCCACUCUGGUUGAGCAAGAGUAUCUGAACCUUGUUUGCCAGGGAUUCCAGUUCAAAAACCUCAAUCACUCCCUUUCUGAAGCGACUUUGCGAGGAGCUGCAGUAACUUCAAAUCGCUUCGACUAUGAUGACGAAGCGUCGCAGAUGUUCGGAGGCGAGCGGAACAAUUUCGACCUUGGGAUAAACAACAAUACCACGACGACGAGUCACGGGUUCGAUGGCGGGCAGGUACCACUGGAAAUCGAAAUCGAGUACGACGGGGACCGGCUUGCGGUGGUGUUGCAGCAAGCGCACGGCUCAUCUACCUCCAAAGCAUCUUUACAUCCUCACCUCCCGCCCACGACGGCCAAAGCGAGUACAAAUAACUAUCGGACUAUUUUGUACGAAGUGAACGACGUGGAUCUGUACUCCGAAAUUGGCCCUGACCCGCUGGGCUGCGGGUAUCUGGGAAUCGUUGCGAUCGAAGACAGACAGCUUUCAUGUAGCAGCGCUUACUCUCCCGUGGAAAAAGCUGCAAUAUCGGCUGCACCGGAUCAUGAAGUAUCUUCGAAUAAGCCAAACGCGUUCUUGCGUCUGAAGUCGUGGAGGCACCGCGCUGGCGGUACUAGCGACGACAUGAACUUGGUGAUUGAUCCCUGGCACCGCGACCUGUCCAUCGCGUUCGACGUUCCGUGGCCACUGUCCCUGAUUAUCAGCUACGAGAACUUGGCGGCGUACAACCGUCUUUUUCGGCUCCUCUUCGCGUACAAGCGGGCACUGUACGGACUGAGCCGCAUCUGGCUGGUGCGCGAGCUGAACGCGCACAGGAAAAAUUUCCCAACAUCUACUUGUAUUGCCGGCGGAGUAAACAGUCACUCGGCGGCGCAACAACAAGGCUAUCAUCAUGAUUACGGCACGUACCGGGCGAGGAACAAAAACCAGUUUGAGCUCAGCAACCGCAGCCGGCGGAACCACCACUUUCGGCACCGGUUGUACUUCUUUGUGACGCAGAUUUUGCAGUAUUUCCAGCAGGACGUGCUGGAGGCCAGUUUUCAGAAUCUGGUGGACGCUGUGGAGGCGGACAACGACUUUGAGGACCUGCAGUUUGCCCACCAGCAGUUUUUGUCGCACGUGCUGGCGUAUGCAUUGCAAACAUGUUUAGUUUAGGUCUGGAAAGUUGUGAUGCAUGUCAGUGAAUGAUAGAGCACACCGCAAGUAUGUAGUUGCAAUGCCAAGCAUGACAGAUUUUUUCGUGGCCCUGGGUUGUGUAUUUCGCAUGUGAUGAAAUUGCGUGACAAACAAGAGAUCUCUGACUUCUUGUUCGUGGCCACGCAAUACAGAGAGAGCUCAGACCCAUGCCAGGCUGGCAUGACAAAUCUCGCAACGUUCCAGACACAGAGAUGUUUGCACUGGACAUCGCGGACUGCUUUCUGCUGAACACAGACCAGUCGGUGCUGAAGUGCCUUUUGUCCAUUGUGAGCAUCUCCAACCGGUUUGUGCGCAUCGGCAACACGAGCAACCAGGCCACGCGGGCCGCGCCAAGCAGCGCACAGUACCUGUUAAUGGAACAGCGGUUGUAUCCACGGCAAAUUUUUCACCGGCCACACGUGGUGCACAAGUAACGACAGUUUGCAUGAUGACAGCCCUCCUCGCUCUUUACUUGGAAGCAUUCUGAUGUAAGAGCAAGAGCAAGUCACAUUUUUUAUAGGUGAUGUCAGAACAUAUCAUGAUCAUGAUGCAUUUUUUGUGCGUCGUCGUGUGCCGAAAAUUUGUAGUGCAUAAGCGGGAAGCGAAGCUGGAAAGUGAAUUCGACAUGGUGGUGCAAGAAUUGUUCAGCCUGCUGAAAAAAUUAGACACCAGCAGCCUGCAGAGUUUGCUGCUCCGACUAGACUACAACCAGUUCCAACAGGGCGGUACUGAGCGGGAUUAGACCUAUCUCUUUUGCCCCUGAAGCGUUAUCGCUACUUCAUCAAGAAGCGCUGUUAUGCACUCUUAGGGAAUCAUAAUCACACUUAC